CAUUUCGAAAUAUGCUGUUCCAAAAAUCACAAAUCAAUGAUGUGUAUGUAAAUCAUUGAAAAAUUUUCCUGAAUUAAUAAAUUUUCAAUAUUUUGUCCAUUAAUCAUAUGAAUAGAAAACUCAAUCAUUACAUUAUUAUUUAAAAUAAUUAUACAAUAAAUUGCAAAAAGAAAACAGCUUUAACGUUAAAUUGAUUUUCAACGAGAGAAAUUUGAAUGAAAAAAAUUAUACCAAACCGUGAGUUUCGAGUAAGGUUAUCUUGAUAAAUUUUAUUCUAUGACUAUGGAUGACAGGGUUGAGUAGCGUGAAAUGGUGUUGAACGAGUAUGCGCGUGAUCACGACCGUUAGAAAAUUGCGCCAUUUUUUAGUUGUAACUAAGAUCAUUUUCUAACAUUUUUUGGUAUCAUGGUGAAAUAUUCAUGAUAUCCUGAGAAGUGGGACACGUGUGGUUUAGUGAUAGUGUGAAUUUUCCAAUUGCACGACUGCCCUUGGACAAAACUCGUCACUACGCUUCAUAGAAGUAGCUAGCAAAAGCUUCGCGCACGAGGCAACAUUUUCUACCGGGUUCAUUUGAGAAAAGCCGCUUUUUGACUGUAAACAAAAUGUCGGUGGAUGCCCUGAGCGAUGCGGAAUUGCGUAGCAAACUGAUGGAGUACGGGUAUCCAGUGGGCCCGGUAACACAAACCACUAGAAAGAUUCUCUUAAAGAAGCUAAAAAAUCUCAUGGAAACUCGAGGCGGCACAGGGUCACGACAUUCAUUGGCUGCCAGGUACAGCAGUGAGGAUACAGAUGAUGACACAAGUACAACGACUAGCAAAAAGAAGAAGACUACAGUGAGUAGUAGAAGGCAAACUUUAGCAAAUCCUAUGCCACCACCAGCAGUAGCAGCAUCCUCAGGUGUAAACAUAUCAAAAAAUCCAGUUAAAGAUAAAAUAACACAUCCUGAAUUUAAGGAUCCUACAGUGCCAGAUUAUGAUAGUUCUUCGCAAUUCACAACUCGUACGAUAACAAAAACUACAAAAAAAUAUAUGAAAACUAGUAAGACAUCAAGUGUAACAGAUGGUUUGGAGACUGGUUCAGAUUCAGAUGUUGUUGAAGAAGUAAUUAAACCAUAUUCCCCAUUAAUUAAGUCAUACUCCCCACCUAAAUCAUAUUCUCCACCUAAAUAUUUGUCAAGUAGUGGAAAAUUUAAUGAGCCUAGAACAUAUGAACAUAAUGUUUCUGAUCAAGAUCAAGGUUUAAAACCUUAUGAUUCAAAAUCGAGAUCUAUUCAUACGAUAAAAGAUAAUAAGUAUAGUGAACCACUCUUUGAUUCUAAUAUUUCUCCAAUACACUCGAUCAAUGAAGAUGUGUGUACGAAAUCAGACACAAAUCAAAGAGAUAUUUUGGCAAAUUAUGAAACACCAUUCCUAUCAGAAUUUACAAGGAGACUUAGUUCAAGGUCUACUAAUUUACCAUCUUCUUCUUUAUCUAGCUUAAAAAGUCCAUCAUCGCGUUUUACAUCAAAUUUACCAGAUCUAAAAGAAAAAGAUUCAAAUGGUCAUUUUUCUUCCCUAAGAUCGUUAUAUCCAACAUCCAGUUCAAGUUCCAGGCAUACAACAUCAUUCGCCGACAGAUCUCGAGAUACAGUGAAUAGAAUGUUUAAACCAUCAUCUACAAAUAGGGAAGAUAUACGAAAUAACCACAAUAUGGUGUCUGUAAUUUUGGUAGUGGUACUUGCUUUAUUUUUCGGGAUUCUUGCUGUUAUAUACAUGGGACUUGGUGGAAAAGCAGAGACCUUUCCAUCACUUUCAACGGAUAGCAACAUACCAUUAUGUUUUGUUGGAGAUGACCGUGAAGCGCCUGGAGCUAGCUGUGUAAUGAAAGAAAAUGUAGAUUCUGUAUUACAAUUGUUGAAGCGACUUCAACCGAUUUUAACGAAAAAGGCUGUGUCCAUGAUAUGCGACAAUUCCAGUGAAACUCCUUAUUUGACCGAUUCAGAGAUCAUGCAAAUGUUUACAAAUAAUAAAGUGAGGAGUUUAGAGGUAAAAGAAGAUUUGCAAAACGCACAAUUACUCGUCAUAAAGAAUCCUAAAUGGGGCAUUUCUCUCAUAGAUAUAAGUGACGAUAGUGGAAACUCUGGUGACAUUUUGGAUUCUUUGGAUAAAUUAUUUUCUACUCGUCUAAGUGGGAAAGUCGGAAUGGUGAUUAUGAAUCCUGAGUUGCCGAUGCAAUGUCUUAUCAAGAAUAAGCUUUUCACCAUAUUCUCCUCCCUUCUAAUUGUGUCACUUGGCGUCCUAGCAGCUAUAGGGAUGCAGAAAUUAUUCGUUUGGUAUAUAAGGUAUAAGAAAAGUACCGAGAGAGAAGUGUUUAAACUUGUUAGUGACAUUAUUAACAUGGUCGAGAUGCACCAUCAAAAUGCGGCAGUUGCAUCAUCUGGCGGCACUACGCAAGAAAGUUUUCUUGCCAUAAAUCAUGUACGUGAUAAUCUUAUACCCCCGAAAGAUCGAAAAAAGAUGGCUGGACUUUGGGAAAAAGCAGUUAAAUUUUUGGACGAAAAUGAAUCCAGAAUUCGAAGAGAAGUACAACAAGUUUCGGGGGAAGAAUUUCAUGUGUGGCGUUGGUUACCUAACAACAGUCUUAACAAAUCAAAUAGCCAGAAUUUUGUUCUAAAUAAAAAGUCUAAAGUAUGGCAAGGUCAAGCAUUUGAAACAAUGGAAGGUUCUGUCAAUAGUUUGACUUGUUCGCCGACACCCUGCUUGAAGAUAAGGCAUAUGUUUGAUGCUGAUGUAGAGUUUGAAGAUGAUUGGGAAACAAAGGUACAAGAUGCUAUUUUAGAGAAAUGCGGAGAGGGCGUGAAAAUUCUUCAUAUCCGUAUAGAUCGUGGUAGUCGAGAAGGUUGUGUAUACAUGAAGUGUAUGUCACAAGAAGAUGCAGGGAAAGCUUAUAGGGCUUUACAUGGAUGUUGGUUUGAUGGUCAUUUAGUAACUGUGAAGUACCUGAGAUUGGAGAGAUAUUACGAAAGAUUUCCAGACGCACGUCGUUGUACAACGCCGUUGAAGCCAAGUAAUAAUCAACGAUUAUCUAUGCAAGCUGAUUACUAGUAGAAAUGCCAUGUGGAUGUAAAAUGACAAAAUACCUCUUUGCUUGUAUACAUAUGAAUAACAAGCAGAAUUUGAAUUUUCGCCGCUGAAAUGAUUGUUUGCGGACCAGAAUUCGUGAGACUUCUAUUUUUUGCUCUAUAAGAGUAUAGAACUUCAUACUAUCGCGCAGAAAUAUAGAGUCUGUGAAGAACUCGCAAUUGUGUGAUAGAAUUCUAAGAAUCGAAUAAGCAAAGACUUUUUUAUAAGCAUUUUCAUUUUGAUUUUGUAACGUGUAUAUUAUUAUGUUCUAUCACCUUUUUUAAGGUAAGAAAGUCGAAAAAGAAUACGAGACUCAACGAUUAUACUAUUUAUAAUACUGCUGUAAAGUAAGUGUGGAGACGUAAUUUUCAGCGCUGCAUUUUGUAAAAGUUUUUCAAGUAGCAAUAUACAAUGUUGAUAAUAUGUAUAUCUAAAUUUCUGUGCUAUGUGAUAUACUUUCCUUGUGCGUUAAAGAAACGUUAAUUUGUCGCAUAAUAUUUAAUCCUCCCACAUAUGGCAAUAGUUUUUCUCCAAAUUAUUAACGAUGCUUGCACCUUAUUAACAUUCAAUGAAUUAGAACAAUAAUACAUUAUAUUCAUUCACAACAUUAGUUUAUAGUUGAACUUGACAGAUAUGAAUUAAUUAAAUAGUAUAUACUUUUUAGACAAAUGAUACAGGAAACAACUGAUUUUGAAUUUUUAAAGAGUUGUUUUCUGUUACUCUUACUAAUAAAUUUAUUUAUUUUAUUUUAGUAGACGAGUAUUGUAAAAUACAGUUUAUUUUAAAUUUUGUAAUAUUAUUUUUAGUACUUUCUUUUACGCACGAUAUCGCAUGACGACGUAUAUUGCUACUUAAAAUAAUGAAUAAAUUAAAUUUUUGUAUUUUGUGUACUUUCUAACGAUUUUUGAUAUCUAUAUAUGUUUCUUAGAAGUGAAGUCUGUGUACAAUAUCAGACUUCUUUAAAUUAUUUACCGUUACAUUUUUUUCAGAAUAAAUAAUAUCACAGAGAUAUAAAUUUAUUUAGUUUUUUAACUAAAAGAUUUAAUGAAAAUAAUAUACUGUCGAAAAUAGUACUACAGUACAAACUAAGGUCAAUAGAAAUCAAUAUUUUUUUUUAAAUAUUCAACAUAAUUUAUCUAUUGAAAACAUUUCACAAAUCUCUUUUUUUAAUCAUGCAUUAUAUUUUGACAUGUUAAAUUUAACAAUGUUUGAUAUAUAAAGAAACUUAGUUAUAUCAACAUUUUAUAAUGUAUACAAAUCACAAUAAUACUAAUGAGCAAAAUAUAUGUACAACUUUAUUCAAUUAAUGUGAUUUUAACAAAUGAGAUAUACAGAAUAUUUAAAGAUAAAACAAAAUAAAACAGCACAUAAGAAGUAGUAUCUUUAAUGAGACAUCUACAAUUCUAAAGUGCACAAAAUUCUUAAAAGAAAAAUAGUUUUUGAUAACUAUAAUACAACACAAUACAUUUAAUAAUAGUUACAUUGUAGUAACAAUAAACAAUUUCUAUUCAUAAUGAUUUCAAGAUUAUCUGAUGUGUGUUUAUAUUUUAUAUAAUUUAAUUUCUGUAUAUUCACUGUGUAAUAAUAGUAUUACCUCUUAGUUAUACAUACAAGUUGAAUAAGUUUUACCUUUAAGAAAAACUUAGCUCGCCUUAAAUUUUUAUGUAUUAAGAGGAAUUUAAAAAAAUUUUAAUAAACAUGAAAUUCUACAUGAUA